UAUCGCAUGUUACUUGAAUCUGAGUUCAGUUUUGUCGUGCGUACUAAAGUAAUUAGUUCGUAUCGUUUCAUCGCUUCAUCGCGAAAAUGCGACCUCGAGCAUCGUGGAGGAAGUUCGAUUGCAUUUUUGUGUUAACGAAAUGGAUCAUUUUUUUCACUUGCCUCCUUUCGUUAAUGCCAAAUGGUAUUAUCGCGCAAAACAAGACAUUCGAGGAUUUCUUUGGAUUGGCUUCACCCGAGUCGACCGCGAGUUAUAAUGCGGAAGAGAAUAUCGAAUUGUUGCCACACGAGAAAGAGGCGGAAGCUCUAACGGAACUCGAAGAUCUCGUUGUGGAUGAGAAGGAUUUAACUUCAAUCGAGAAAAAAGAUGAAGAGAAAAAUCCGAUCGAAAUUUUGCCGGAAAUUAAAAAUGUUUUCGCAUCGAAAAAUGACUCCGAGAAAGUAACGGUUUCGCCCUUCGUUCAAGUUAUUUCUGGUAAAAUGGCAAACGAAAAGAAUGGAAAAUAUGUAAGAUACGAUUCGAACUUACCUGAGGCUGAUAGAUAUGCGCCACGUCCAGAAGACAAUCCACCUUUCUAUACAAUAACAGAUACUAGAUUGAAAGAAAUUCGUUCUCAGUUCAUGUAUUGGUAUUUUGAUAAAGGUGGCGAUAAUGAUAUAGGAGAUUAUCAAACGCCUUUGCAGGCAACAACAUUGCAAAUCCAUAAAAAUUUGAAUUUUCAAUUACCUUUCUUUGGCUUCAGAUUUAAUUAUACAAGAUUAACUGUUAACGGAUACCUGGAAUUUAGCGAUCCACCGGAGUAUUUUACGUAUCCUCUCGUUUUUCCGAUUAAAGAUUGGCCUAAGAAAAAUGAUCCUAGCUUCAUCGGCAUCUUCUUCAGUAAAUGUCGUAUAGGAAGAUUAAGAGAAACCGAUAUCGAUCGAAGGAAACCGGGAGUAUAUUUUAGACUCGAGAGGGAUUUGCAAGGGAGAAAUGAUCAAUUUGGCGUAGAGAUGCGAGAGCGUGUCAUGUGGGACAUACGUGAAGGUGUUGUCGGGGCUGAUUCUUUCGUGCCUAAACACGCCCUGAUAGCAACCUGGAAAAAUAUGUCCUUUGCGGGUGGCAUCGGCCAAGCCCUUCAAACGACUAACACGUUUCAAUUGGUUUUGGCUACCGAUGAAGUUUUUACUUACGCUAUAUUCAAUUAUUUGAACAUAAAAUGGACCAGUCAUACGGAGGCAGGCGGCGAUACGACACAAGGCGAAAACGGAGUCCCUGCAUACGUGGGUUUCAACGCUGGAAACGGUACUCAGAGCUAUGAAUAUAAGCCUUACUCUCAGGCGACCACAAUUCGUGAUUUAACGAGCAGAGGAUGGGCGAAUGGUUUUCCAGGUCGACACAUUUUCAGGAUAGACGAAAAAAUCAUGUUGGGCACUUGCAAUAAGGACAUUGCCGGAGCACACUUGCCGCUGGUUUUCGCUCCGGAAAGCGGAAAUAUGUUGGGCGGUACCAUCGUCAAUAUCACAGGACCGUGCUUCAACGAGUCUCAAAAAAUCAAGUGCCGUUUCGAGAACGAGGUUGUUAUGGGCACGGUAGUAGAUAGAAACCGCGCAAUUUGCGUACAACCGUUCUUAAAAUACGAAGGCUACAUUCGUUUCUACAUUGCAAUCGAUAGUGGAACUUAUGAUUGGAAAGGCAAAUAUUUCGUCGAAACCCCAGCUACGGCAACGGAGAGGAUCUUUUUCAGCGACAAAGAGGCCGUUCACAAGAAAGAUCCCGCGGAAAUCAAAUUCACAUGGAACGCGUAUAAUUUGACGACCAAUAUAGCAGCGGGGGUGCAAAUCUCUUUGUGGGGAUACAGAGAAACCAAGACGAGGCCCGAAUUUGAAUUUAUAACGACUUUGGAGAGAUCGCAUACUAAUAUUGGUAGUUACAUCAUCAAACCGGCCAAAUACCGAGACCAGUAUAAUCCAUAUCAUAGCGACAUGAUUUUUGGUUUCAUACAGAUCAAUUUGACUGAACCACAAUUGUACUCUGGACUCUCGAUAACACCGAGCUUGUGGAGCAGGCCAAUUCCGCUCGGUUGGUACUUUGCUCCUCAAUGGGAACGACAAUACGGCUCGCGAUGGUCUCACAAACUCUGCGAUAAAUGGAUUAUGAAUGACCGAUAUCUUAAGAACUUUGCCGCUGAGGUAGCGCUUUGUCCUUGCAUUCUGGAGCACGCUCUCUACGAUAAGGGUCGCUUUCUUCCGGAUUACAAUUGCGACAAAGAUUCGAAUAUAGAUUGCUAUUAUAAUCAUUAUGCGUCUCACUGCGUGAGAACAGGCGCACCCAAUUUGGACGGUUCGGAACAACAAUGCUGUUACGACAAGAAUGGUUUUCUGAUGUUAACUUACGAUCAGCAAUGGGGAUCGCGACCUCAUCGAUCGCAUAAUUUAGGCUUCUUUCCAUGGAACGAGGCUAACAAGGUACCAACUCUUUCGCACUGGUAUCACGACGUGGUACCUUUUUAUACGUGUUGUCUUUGGCAAGAGGAACAAGCAGUCGGUUGUGAGACAUUCCGAUUCGAGAGAAGACCAUCGCAGGAUUGUAUUGCCUAUCAAUCACCAGGGGUAGCGACGGUAUUCGGUGAUCCUCACUUUGUCACGUUCGACGGUGUGGAAUAUACUUUUAAUGGUAAAGGUGAAUUCGUUUUGUUACGAGUAAACGAUCUUAGAGACAAACUCGAUGUGCAAGGUAGAUUCGAACAAAUGCCCAUCAACGCUUAUGGUCCAGUGAGGGCGACACAACUUACCGCGCUAGCAGCGAGAGGAAAUAACUCUGCCACCAUUGAAGUUCGCUUGAGACCCCCAUAUGCGCAAUGGAGAUAUCGGCUCGAUGUUUUCGCAGAUGGCCAAAGAAUAUAUUUUGACAGGCAAUCCUUGAAAUUCCAACAUUUCCCUGGGGUUGUUGUUUAUACUCCCACAUAUAUAUUGAAUCAGAGCGAAGUUAUUAUCAUGUUCGACACUGGUGCUGGCGUGGAAGUCGUGGAGAACGAGGGUUUCUUGUCCACUCGAAUGUAUCUUCCGUGGUCGUAUGUGAAUAAAACUAAAGGAUUGUUCGGAAUUUGGAAUUUUGAUAAUACAGACGAUUUGACAAGUCCGCAAGGAUAUCAAGUCCCUAUUAAUAGCGUGAAUCAUUCGGAAACUAUUCAUAAAGAUUUCGCGAUACAUUGGAUGCUAGAAGAUAAAGAGAGUAAACUAUUAGGAGCGGCUUUGUUCCUUCGGGAAUUUGGUCGAACAGCGAGUUAUUAUGCUAAUCGCACAUUUGUGCCGGAAUAUCGAAAAUACCCAUCAGAGAUACUUCCAGCGAACAGAACACAUGACAUAAAUCGUGCGCUCGAUUUGUGCGGCGAAUCGUAUCAAUGUCAAUAUGAUUACGUUAUGACUUUAAAUCGAGACUUAGCGCACUUUACUAAGAAUUAUUACGAUACUUACACCCAAAUCAAUGCGUUAAAUAAAAAGGAAAUUGUAUCCUGCGGUGUAUUGGAAACACCCCGGUUUGGACGUAAAAGCAAUUUCCUGUUUAUCCCGGGGACGAAAGUGAGUUUCGAAUGCAAUCAGGAUUUCAUACUUGUCGGUGAUCAACGUCGGGUGUGCACACCGGAAGGCCGAUGGAACACUCCGGAGUAUGGAUAUACGGAAUGUCUUCGUCACAUCGAGUACGUUCAACGUACAGCGUGGACCGUAAUGGGCAUUAUUAGCAUCGUAUUAAUUCCCGUGGUGGCAUGCAUCGCCGGUGGUUUCCUUUAUAUGAGAAGGAACCAGAUGCAAGGAGGUUCCAUGAAAUCAUGGCGCUAUUCUGAGCGCGAGUCUGGUACCGACAACGAAUCUACGUUGAAGCAGACCGCGCCGUUAAAGUCAUAUGACGAUAGGGCCAUUACUCCAAUUAGCGAUACUAGCACAAUUGAAACUAAUAGCGGCACUAGGAAGCGUCGUAGUUAUGACAGAGUAUACCGUACACAUGAACCUUUACCUAAUAGACCGUACAUUGACUUUGAGGAUAAAGAAUUUGAUCUAAAGGAGCCCAUUUCACCCACGGGGUCAGAUUCGGGCGCGGAUUCGAUUAGGAAAACGGGCAGUCCCGCUAAAGAAAGUGACGUUUAGAUGACGUUUGUUUCAAUAGCAAAUUCAAUAAUAUUAUAAUAGAAACAAAAGAUAUAUUCUGAUAAUAAAAUUACUUUACGACGCAUCGUUAUUUGGAUUUAAUACAUAUGCGUGGAUGAUAUUUUGAUUUCAAAAAACAUACAUUUUGCAUAUGUCAAAUUAAUAGAUUAAAUAAUUUUAACAAAUUAACCAUAAAUAAGCCAUAUAUGUUCAUUAAAU